AUGCUUGGUACAUUUCCUGAACCACCUGACGGUACCCGCAAUAGGAACAAUCGGGUAGUUAUGUCCAUGAUGCCGCCACCUCCACUCUACACCGCUAACCCUUCCUCUUCGUCGACGACCACCGCAGCACCUCGCAGGCCGAGCGAAUCGAUUAGUGGGUCUUCCGCUUCCGCAACCACAACGGUGGUUAAUAUCGUCACUAGUUCCCCGGCGGAUACGGCAGCCAUGGUAGCGGCCGCCACCGGAAAUUCCGAAUCAACCGUAAAACAGCUAGCCCCGCAGUAUCAGUGCCAGAUCUGUUCCAAGUGCUUUAACAGUGUAACCACCCUGUCGGUGCAUUUGAACUCGCACGAGAAUCAAAUCGAAUACCGCGCCAACCCCGGCGCAGCCACGUACAACGGGCACAUCGUGACGGCCGGGGGCCAUGUAAUCAAAACGGAACCGCAACCGUUCCAGAUUCUCUCCCCAGCGGCGACAGUCUACAGUGGAGGAGUCCACGGCUUCCAAGUGGCAUCCGCUGGGGCUGCCACCGGCCACACAUGUCAAAUAUGCCAGAAGGUAUUCAGCUCGGGCGAGCAAUAUCAGACCCACAUGAAGAUCCACGAGAACGAGUUCCGGAAUCGGGCACUGUAUCAAGCUAGUAGUAGCAGCAGCAGUGGUGGCGGGGGCCAGCAAACCACGGCGGUUGUGCAACAGAUUUCGUUAAAGGAGCUGGAUCCAUCGGAGGAAGAAGACGGCGGGAAGCCAAUCGAUUGCAUUGUGUGCCAUAAGAAGUUUCAAACUGCCACGCAACUGGCAGUGCAUUUGAGGGAGCAUAGCUCCGAGAAACCCUACCGGUGCACCGUCUGCGGUAAGGGCUUCAUUCAGUCCAACAACCUAUCUACUCACAUGAAGGUCCACUCGGGCCAGAAGCCGUUCAAAUGUGAUAUCUGUGGUAAAAACUUCAGUCAAUCGAACAAUCUGAAGACCCACGUUCGGACCCACACAAACGAGCGUCCCUACGCAUGCGCAAUCUGCGAGAAGCGUUUCAAUCAGAAGAACAAUCUGACAACGCACAUGCGGACCCAUUCGAUGACCUGCAAGGUCUGCCAGACGCCAUUUCACCAUCCGACGGAACUCUCGAACCAUGUUCGGAUUUGCUACGCAGACCAGAAGCCCAACAUAUGCUCCUUUUGCAACAAGGUGUUCAUGAACCACGAGGAAAUGAGUGACCACAUGAAGCAGCACAAUCAGGUCAAACCUCACAAAUGCCAGAUUUGCCAGAAAACGUUCACCCAAUCGAACAACCUCAAGACCCACAUGAAGACACACAUCUUCCAGGAUCCCUUCAAGUGUUCGUUCUGCUCGCGGUCGUUCCCCAACGAGGAAGAAUUCAGUCGCCAUUCAUUGGUGCAUUCUUCGCCGAAACCUUUCAAUUGUCCCUACUGCGGAAAGCAGUUCAUCCAGUCGAACAACCUGAAGACCCACGUAAGGACCCACACCGGUGAGAAACCGUACAAGUGCUACAUCUGCGACCGGCUGUUCAAUCAGAAGAACAACCUGAACACCCACAUGCGUAUCCACCAGGGUCUCAAGCCGCCGCCGGGUGAGUUUCGGACCCCUGGCGGUGAACCCAUCAUCACGUGGAGGAUCUCGACCGACCAGCGACCGCCCACCCCGGCUACCCGCGGCUACAACGCCCUCGGCUGGCAGUCCCGUUCAACACCAAGCUCUUUCCAACGUUCGCCGGCUACCGCCAAGCCACCGGUGAGUCUCGGAUCUCUGGCGGUGAACCAUCCGUCACGGUUGAGGAUACCUGCCAGCAAUCGACCAACCCUAUCGCCCACUCCGUCUACAUCCACCGACCGCCAGGACGUCCUCGGUUGCCAAGUGUGUCCCGUCGCCCAUCGCCGAAUAAAUCACCCCCGAACGACAACGCCGAUGGAGCUCAGUAUUUGA